GACUCCUGAAAACUUCAGCAAAAACACUAUUUUGUGAAUUGUUCUUUAUAUGUUUUCAGAUUUUGUCUGUUUAUUAUAAUAAGUUAAUGUCACGUUGAUCCAUGUCCUUCUUUUCAUCAGAUGUUUAAAAUAAUGUGGUGAAAUACUUAAUAAUUGUAGAAGUCCAAAUACUUGGUGAAUUCGUGUCAUUACAACGUCUUUCCCAAGAUUAGAUUCGCGAGUUGUAACUAAAUCGUGAAAUAUUCCAGUAUCAAAAUCAAGCAAAAGCACUCGUUUGUCGUAUGACUCCUACUUCUCCUUCUAGAUGCUCUCUUAUUGCUGGUCCUUACUUGUUUCAUUAUCUGCUGGAUCGUGGUGUUUGUUACAUUAUUCUUACAGACUCACAAUUCAGUCGUACAAAAGCCUUUGCAUUUUUAGAGGCCAUACAAACAGAAUUUUACGGCAAAUACUACCAACAAAUACAAACAGUUUCAAGACCUUACGCAUUCCUUGAUUUUGAUCACGUCAUACACAAAACUCAAAAAAUCUAUAGUGAUAGUCGGUCAUCCAAUCUUAGUCAAUUGAACGUAGCAUUACAAGACGUACAAAGAAUCAUGGUACAGAAUAUUGAUGAUGUAUUACAACGUGGUGAAGCACUUUCAACCUUGGACUCUCGAGCAUCCAAUUUGUCUACUAUGUCCAAGAAAUACCGUCAAGAUGCCCACUCACUCAACCUUCAAUCGGUGAAGGAAUUGAAAUUAAUAAAUGAUGAUAAAGUCUUUAUGAAAUGGAAUAUUCCCGCUUCUUUGUUGGAAAGACAAACUAGGAUAUCGUUGAAUAAAGAGUGUGAUAGAAAUACAGUGAAAACAGAUGAUAAUUUACAAGCUAAUUCUACAGUUGUUGUAGCCGAUUCAAUGGUACAAAAGAAAAAAAAUCCAGUGAAAUGUAUGGAAACAUUGGAUGAUUCUUCAAUGAUACUAGAAGAACAUACUAUAAAAAAGAAGUCUGAUUCGAAGGAGAACCUAACUCAGAAAAACACAACUUCUACAUCCAGUAAUGAUUUCGCAUCAAAAGAUCCAAUAUCCACUAUUAUGUCACCAAAGGCUGAACGAUAUGUUCGUAGAUGGUUAACGGAUGCUUCACCAUUAGAGCGCACAACUGCACUGGAAUUGAUAGACAAGCUCUACAGUGAGACAAACGAACAAGACCAACUAACUGAUACUCAAUUUCAAAUCGUUAUGAAACGAGUUAAGAACAUUAACCGGGAUCAAAACAAAACACCACACCCAGUGUUUUCUCGAAGUGAUGGUUCAACGCAUCUCAAGUAUUUAGAUCUACUGACUAAGCAAGAAAGAAGGGAUCAUUGGAUGUAUUGCAGUUGGCAUCACUUACCUCCUUACAGAAUAUCAAGUACGGCUAAAUACGACUACCCUGGGUCACAUUAUUUACAUUUAUUGGAAAGACAACCAAAAGAAUAUGUUAUUCAUCCUGACUUAGGUUAA